CGCAGACAAAUCAACUUCCGGUGAGACCGAGACCGAGGAGCGAGGAAAUGAAAAAUAAGAGAAGUGAAACGCAGCCAGGAAGUGAAUAAAAAUAUCUCUGACUGUGAACACGAGAUAUAUCUGCAGCCUGGACCCCAACAGCACGGUUCAGGAUGAGUAAGAGCAGAGGAGGAGUGAUGGUGUCGGGGGGGAAGAGACGGAGGGUUUCGGACGAGAGAGACUCCAGCAACACGGGGGACAUUGGUCUGAUCGAGAGCAUCGCUCUGAAGAACUUCAUGUGUCACCGUCUGCUCGGACCCUUCCAGUUCGGACCCAACGUCAACUUCAUCGUGGGAAACAACGGCAGUGGGAAGAGUGCGAUUCUGACGGCUCUUAUCGUUGGUCUCGGAGGAAAAGCAACGGACACGAACAGAGGGACGUCUGUGAAGGACUUUGUGAAGACCGGCGAGACUUCUGCAGAAAUCACUGUGAAGGUGAGAAACAGAGGACUGGACGCUUUUAAAAGAGACGUCUACGGAGACAGCAUCUCCAUCGAGAGACGCAUCUUCAGCGAUGGCAGCCGGACCUGCAAGCUGAGGAGCAAAACUGGACAGCUCAUCUCGAACAAGAAGGAGGAGCUGACCUCCAUUCUGGACCACUUUAACAUCCAGCUGGAUAACCCCGUGUCCAUCCUGAACCAGGAGAUGAGUAAACAGUUCCUGCAUUCAAAGAGUGAAUCAGACAAAUACCAGUUCUUCAUGAAGGCGACGCUCCUGGAUCAGAUGAAGAGGGAUUUUGUUCACAUCAAACAAACCAAAACCCUCACCAGACAGCAGGUGGAGAGACAGGAGGAGGCUCUGAAGGACCUGAAGCUGGACUUCCUGCAGAAGAAGGAGCGCUUCGAGACGCUGCACUCCUUCAGCGACAUGAGGGAGCUGCUGCCAAGCCUCCAGAGGAACAUGGCCUGGAGUCUGGUGCGAGACAAGGAGCAGUUUGUGCAGCGGUUAAAGGAGGACGUGGAGAAAGAGGAGAGUCACCAGACACAUCAGGAGAACCUCAAGCUCUGCCAGACUAAGCUCACAGCAGCAGAGCAGAAGCUGCGGGGCGUUAGAAGCAGAAUUGAAAGUGUGACGCAGGAACAGGAAGCUCUUUCUGAAGGUCAUCUGAGGUUAAAGGAGCAGCUGAAGGUCGUCAGCAAAGAGCACAAUGAACAGGAGGUACUGAUCAUUAGGGCUCUGAACAAAUUCAAAGAGUCGGAGCGAGAGCAGAACUUUCUUCAGGAGAAAAUAAACAAGACGAGAACAAGUCUCAGUGUGAGUAAAGAUGGAGAGACGGAGUAUUCGAAGCAGCAGAAGAGGAUCGUGAGUUUGAGGAAGCAGCUGGAGGAACUCGAGGAAACGCAUUCGCAGCUGAACGAGGAAAUAAAGAACGAGCAUCAGGCGCUGUUCACGGGAAGAGAGAAGUGCGACAAACUCAGACUGGAGGAGAGGAACAUCCAGGUUCUGUUGGAGUCCAAAGUGAGGAGGAGGAACCAGGUUCUGGCCAGCCGGUCCAACAAACUGAAGCGUUUCGGAGACCAAGUUCCAGACCUGUUGAUUUCCAUCGAUGAGGCGAACGCUGCCGGACGCUUCAAGAAAAAACCCAUCGGACCCCUGGGGGCGUUCAUCAGCCUGAAGGACCCCCUGCUGGCAGCAGCUGUGGAGGCGUGUCUGUGCGGCUUCAUGAAGGCGUUCUGUUGCGAUAACCACCGCGACGAGGCGUUGCUGCAGGAGAUCAUGAGGCGGCAUUAUACGAAAGGAAACCGACCGCAGAUCAACGUCAGCCAGUUCUCCGAGAAACUCUACAACCUCCACGGGAGGAAGGCUCUUCAUACAGACUUUCCCUCGCUGCUCGACGUCAUCACCGUCACGAGUCCGGUCGUCUUCAACUGUCUGAUCGAUAUGAGAGGCGUCGAGUCCAUCCUCAUCAUCAAGAAUCAGGUGAAAGCGUCGACAUCAGAGCUGGAGGCAGCGGUGGAGGAGCACAUCGAGGACAUCUGCUCUUUGGAGGAGGUUGCUGAGGAGAGUCGGCAGAAGAUGGAGGCCGAGCGGCAGGCGAUGAUCGAGGAGAAAGAAGAGCUGGAAAAACAUGGAGAAAACGUUGAAAACAUGGAAUCGAAAGACUCGUCGGUCAGAGAGAGAAUCGACCGACUCUGUGAGGAAGUCGAGACGAUGAAGGAGGAGCAGCUGAAGCUGGAGGCUGAGUGCAGCAAACAUGAACAAAGCCUCCAGGUUUUAGAGAAGAAACUGAAGAGUCAUGUAGAAACUAUCGCAGAGAUGAAGAGGGACCUCGCUCAGACAGAGGAAGAGUUAAAGGAGUGUGUGAGUAAAGCGUCAGAGAUCAGUCCUCAGCGACAGGUCGUGUCCGCCAGCUCGAGGAGUUUGGACACAGAAAUAACUCGACUGCAGAGGAAGAUCAAAGUUUACGAGAGCAUUCACGGAGAGCAGCAGCAGGUGGUGAGGGAGUACGCUGAGGCGGUGUCUCUGUUCAGACAGAAGAGCAAACAGGUGAGAGACCUGCGGAGAUUCAUCGACCGCCUCGAACACAUCAUAUCGGACAGACAGAGCAGAUACAAGGUCCUGAGGAGGUCUCUAUCGGUCAGGUGUAAAUUAUAUUUUAAUAACUUCAUGAUAAAGAUGAACUGCUGCGGCUCCAUGAUCUUCGACCACAACAACGAGACGCUCUCCAUCUCCGUGAUGCCCCCGGGCCGGGAGGAUGAGGGGGUGUUGAGUGACAUGCGCUCUCUGAGUGGAGGCGAGCGCUCGUUCUCCACCGUCUGCUUCAUGCUCUCUCUGUGGGAGAUCACAGAGUCUCCCUUCAGGUGCCUCGACGAGUUUGACGUCUACAUGGAUAUGCACAACCGGCGGAUCUCUCUGGAUCUCCUGCUGGAGCUUUCUGAGCGUCAGACCCUUCGUCAGUUCAUCUUCGUCACUCCUCUCACCACCAGCAAUCUUCCAAAAUCCAGACUGAUAAAGAUCCACAAGCUGCAGGAUCCAGAGAGAAUCUGCAGCGAAGCUCAGGAGGAAGAAGAGGACGCUUAAAAGUAAUGAAGAGAGACGUUGGUACGACGUGAAGCUCAGUAUUAUCAUUCAGUAUUCUCAUGUUUGCUUGCUGGGAUUCAUUUAUGGAUGUGUUUGAAAACCUAAUGACGGUUUAAUGUUUCAGGACUCGCAGGUAUGUUAACUCUUAUUGUUGUGUUCAUGUGUUGCUGCCUUUAGCCACACCAUUGUUCUUUAUAUUGAUCUGUUAUCAACAUUUUGUGCAUCUCGAUAACGUAUUCAUAGUUACAAGAGGAAGCGAGGCGGAUUUUAUUCAUCUCAUUCACACUGUCUGCAAAUAAAUUACAUUCCUGUAGGCCUACAACUAAA